AUGGUGAACUUCUCAGCCGAACGCUUCUCCCCGAAGCGUCUUGCUCCCUCGCGGAUCAAGGCCAAGGUCAAACCCCAUCUCCAUUGGCAAGUCCCCAUGGAGACAGGUGUUUAUCAGGACAGCCGCUGGUCCAAUCCUGAUCUUGACCCUAUCAAACCUGAAGAUCGUACUUGGGGCGCUGUGGAUUAUUGGGCAUACUGGACCAGUGACAUGCUUGCACCGCCUCUCACAUCGACAGUGUCGUCAGUCAUGAGUCUUGGUUUCACUGCUCGCGCGACCAUCCCGAUCGUUUUCUGCGGUUUCGCAAUCUGUUCGGGGGCAUUGACCUUGACUGGAAAGAUGGGGGCAAGAUAUUCCAUUCCUUUCCCUGUCCUGGUGCGUUCCAUGUUUGGAAUGUAUGGCAGUUACCCUGUUAUUGUCCUCAGAGCUUUCGUCGCUGCCAUGUGGACAGCGAUUCUCUGUGUCCAAGCAGGUGAUUUUCUCAACAAUUGUUUGACUGCCAUAUGGCCCAGCUUCGCCAACUUCCCCAACCAUCUACCCGAAAGUGCCGGUAUCACGUCUGCUGGACUUCUGUGCUUUUUCCUGUACUGGAUCGGCCAAACCAUCCUCGCACUCAUGCCGAUCAAGAAACUGCGAAUUUUGUUUCUCGUCAAAGGCGUGAUUGUCCCUCCAACCUUCCUCGCUCUCUUCCUCUGGGGCGCCAUCGUCACCCACGGAGGCGGACCACUAGUCACCGGCCACGCCGAGAUGACCUCCUCGUUCAUGAACACUGCAUACUCCGCCCUCACCGGCUUGAACGUCAUCAUCGGACUAUUCAGCAGCAUGGCAGUCAACUUCCCUGAUUUCAGUCGAUUCUCCAAGAACAACCUAGCUGGAUACAAUCAAUUCUUUGCCCUCCCCAUCAUUGGAACCCUCGGAUCACUAUGUCCCAUCUUCGUCACUUCAGCACACAGUUAUCUCCACGGAGGAGAGUUCCUUUGGUACAUGCCCGCGAUCUUCGCUCAGUUUGAUUCACGGGCAGCCAAGUUCUUCGCCUCGGCGAGUUUCAUGCUCGCCAUCAUCGGCAACCAAAUCGCCGCGGGCACGUAUCCGUUCUCGAACGAUAUUUCGGGCUUGUCGCCGAAAUACCUCAAUAUUUUCCGUGCGACGUUGAUCAUUUCCAUCUUUUGUGUGGUUUCCAAUCCAUGGCAAAUCAUUCGAAAUGCCAGUGGGUUGUUGGCUUUCUUGUCCGGGUAUAGUAUGUUCAUGGGUGCCAUCUGUGGCGUCAUGUGCUGUCAGUACUAUAUCAUUCUCAAGAAGAAGCUCAACAUCCACGAGUUGUACAACGGACAUGGCAUCUACUCGUACUGGCAUGGUUUCAACUGGCGGGCCUUUGCGGCCUUUGCGGUGGCGGUUGGUCCGUUGUUGCCUGGCUUUGCAAAGAGUAUUGACGACGAUCUCAAUGUCGGUGGUGCCUGGAAGAUCUAUACCUUCUCCUGCAUCUAUGGCUUCACCACUAGUGGACUGACGUAUUUCCUUAUUUGUCGAUUUAUCUCUGAUGUCGGUGUGGCUAAGAUCGAAGAGGCUGUGUAUCCUCCGUCAAAGACUCAGACGACUGAUGUCGAAGUCGGGGUUGGUGAUUCUGACGAAGGUUCGUUCGAUGAGAAGACUGGUGACGUCGAGGUCAAGGUUGGAGCAAAGGCUAUGUAGUAGAGAUUUGAGUACAGAGCGAGAUGGGG